AUGCCUGCCCCCAAGAAGCGCCAGAUCUCGAUCGCCGUGCUCGUCGCCGACACGCCGGUCCAGCCGGUUCUCGACCGGAGGGGAGACUACACGAAGAUCUACCCCGCCUUUCUGCAGUCGUCGCUCAACACGAUCAAGCGCCACGCAUGGCAGGACAGCGUGAGCCUGCACGUCCGUUGCUACGACGUGGUGACGGCGCAAGAGUACCCGGACCAGGGCCAGCUGUCGGACGGCCUGUGGGACGCCAUCGUCGUCACUGGGUCGGCGCACUCUGCCUACUCGACCGACGAGUGGGCGGGCAAGCUGGCCUCGUUCCUGCGCGACACUGCCGAAAAGCACCCGCUGGUGCGCCUGGUGGGCAUCUGCUACGGGCACCAGAUCAUCGCGCGCGCCUUUGACGGCAAGGUCGAGCUCAACUCGAAGGGAUGGGAGUUUGGCACGACGGCGUGCGACGUCACCGAGGUCGGCCGCGAGCUGCUGGGUUACGGCGAGGGCGAGAAGCUCAACAUCCAGCAGGUCCACCGCGACCAUGUCACGGUGCUCCCGUCGUUCCAGGGCCACGAGUUCCUCAACCUCGCCUCGACCGACAUCUCGGCGGUGCAGGGCAUGGCCCACCGCUACCCGACCGAGGCGCCGCCGCUGCCCUCUUCGGCGGCCACCUCGGCCUACCUCGCCUUUGACAUCAGCGACGAGGGCACCUCGUCGUCGGGCCCGUCGCCGCUGCGCUCCUGCCAGAUCCUCACGUUCCAGGGCCACCCCGAGUUCGACGCCGAGAUCGUCGAGCUCGUCCUCCAGGUCCGCACCGAGAAGGGCGUCAUCGACCGCCAGUCGUCGGAAAAGUUUCUCGAAAACGCCCACAAGCCCCACGACGGGCUGCGCAUCGGCAGGCUCAUCUGGUCGAUGCUCGGCGUCGAAGAGGCCCGGACCGACCAGGGAGACGAGAUGGUCGCCGUCUAG